AUGUAUACACAACAGCCACCUAUGUAGGACGGAUACAUAACUAUAUAUAUAUAUAUGUGGUUUUUUUGAAUUUUUGUUUAUUACCGUGGGCUUCGAUUUCGAGACAGCAUGUGGGGUGCAGGUUCAAUAUGCAAGAUCUCCGUGGCCUCGGCUGGAGUCCUUGCCACCUUCUACACUGUGAUCGACCUGAUGCUCUUCAUCUCCUACCCAAACUACCAUGAGAAGGAAAUCAAGACUGAUGUCACCUGGCAUGAUCUGAGUUGGCCCUGCUUGAAGAACAUGUUCCUAUUGACACUCUUCAUUUACCAACACACCUUUAUGGCUAUGCAAUCGGUGAAGGAUUUCUUUGAGAGGUUCAAUUUGAAGGACAUCCAGAGGAGCAUCUAUAUCAUUUCCACGUGUGUGGUUUUAUUAAUUAUGACCCAUUAUUGGGAGCAUGUGCCCGAGUAUGUGCUGUGGAAGACUGACAAUGGCAGGGUGUAUUAUGCCCUGAUGUUGAUGCACGCUUUAGCCUGGCUCAUCAUCUACAGUGACUGCAUUUACAUGGACAUCAAUGAACUUCUGGGUCUGAAACAGGUGUACUACAGUAUACAGAAUCUGCCUGAUCCAAUGAGCUACAAAUCUUAUGAAUUGCAAAAGUUGUAUUUGCAUAUGAGACAUCAAGGAUUCUUUGUUGCAUUCCUCCUCAUCUUCUGGGCUAUACCUGUCAUGAGUUUGGAUCGGUUUCAUUUGGCCGUUAUAUUAAGUUUCUAUUUGUAUUUGGUCAGAGGCACGGACGAUCGUGAUUAUACUUACUUGAGGGAUCAGCACAAGAGGAAGUUUCAUUGAAUACUUCGAGACAUAUUUAUUUAAAUUUAAAGAUAAAAAACUUAUUUUCUAAUAAAUAAUUGCAAUUGAAAAACGAAACAGACAUGUUUUUAAAUAUGAAUAUCAUAAACUAGAGAAUAUUCAAAUUAAUAUUCGUACUUGUUAACUAAUUGUUAGCGUUAGCGUUAAAUUUAUUUGAAAGUAUGUUACUAUAGUAACAUAAUCCUAGGAUUAGGAUUACUUUAAGCCUAGGAUAAGGCGUGGUGAUAGCUUAAAUUUAAUUGGUUAUUAUGGUUUAGCUCUUGUAAUCGAAUAAAUAGUUCGUUUUUUAUUGUAAAUUGAAUAGAAA